GUUAUAAAUAUAAUAAAAACUGAGGUUGCUUUUUUUUUUCUCUCUCCGUCCCUACUCCCGAUUGCGCGUCUUCCGAUUUCGUCGGCGCCGCUGGUCGUUGCUCGCCGCGGCCGCUCACCGUCGCUCGUCCCCGCACUUCAUCGCCGUCGCUCGCCGCUCAGGCUUGCUCUCUGAUUUCAAACAAAUCUGCAACAAUGAAGAAUGUGAUUGGAGGGGGUGACAAGAGUGGGAGCUUCCCAAUGGAUCCAAACCUUCCUAGAUGGGUCUGCCAGAAUUGUCGCCAUCCACUUUGCAUCGUAGGGGUCGAGUCCUAUGCGGACAAAUUCUUCAAUGAUGCAUCACGCUCUGGCAUGCAGGCGUCAUCAGUUCAAGGCAGUCUUAUGGUUUCUAGCCCUAUGGAUCAUUCUUUUGUUGUGCUACCUAAACAGAAAUUUCAAAGUCACGGUGUUCCUUCUCGCUUGCGUACUGGAACUUCUCACGCUGACAAUAACCAAUCUUCAAAGGAGAUUGAAGAUUCAUAUGUUGUAUUACCACCUUCAGCUGCUUCAAUGUAUAAAAGUGAGACAACUCCUGAAGGAGGUGGAGCCCAAAUGUCAGCUCAAGAUGGAAACCAUAGCAGUGGUUUGCAGGUUAAUAGCUCAGGGUUCCACUCUAACAUAGUCUUGAAAAGGGCAUUUGAUAUUGCCACUUCCCAAACUCAGGUGGAACAACCACUUUGCUUGGAGUGUAUGCGUAUGUUGUCGGAUAAACUUGAGAAAGAGGUUGAAGAUGUGAAUAGAGACAUUAAAGCCUAUGAAGCAUGUCUUCAAAGGUCUGAGAUUGAGUCAUUUGAUGUUCUCAGUGAGGCUGAUUUUAUGAAGGAGAAAGAGAAGAUUGAGGAAGAAGAAAAAAGGCUCCAAGCAGCGAUUGAAGAAGCUGAGAGGCAGUGUUUGGAGGUCAAAGCUGAGUUGAAGGAGCUAGAAACAAAAUCAGAACAUUUUAAGGAGUUAGAGGAGAGAUACUGGCAUGAGUUCAACACUUUCCAGUUCCAGCUCAUAUCUCAUCAGGAAGAGAGAGAUGCUCUAUUGGCCAAGAUAGAGGUUUCCCAAGCUCACUUGGAAUUGCUGAAAAGAACCAAUGUGCUAAAUGAUGCGUUCUCUAUUUCACAUGAUGGGGAAUUUGGAACAAUUAACAACUUUCGACUUGGUCGGCUUCCUAAGAUACCGGUUGAAUGGGAUGAAAUAAAUGCGGCUUGGGGUCAGGCUUGCCUCCUUCUUCAUACUAUGGCUCAACAUUGUCGGCCAAAGUUUUUAUAUCGAAUCAAGAUUCUUCCCAUGGGAAGCUAUCCCUGUAUUAUGGAUAACCACAAUAACACAUACGAACUGUUUGGCCCUGUGAAUGUGUUCUGGAGCACUCGUUAUGACAAAGCAAUGACUUUAUUCUUGACAUGCCUCAAAGACUUUGCUGAAUUUGCAAAUCAGAAGGAUCUGGAAAAGAAUAUACCACCAGAAAAAUGUUUUAGAUUGCCUUACAGGAUUGAGAACGACAAGGUGGAAAGUUACACGAUCACCCAAAGUUUCAACAAGCAUGAGAAUUGGACGAAAGCUCUCAAGUACACUUUAUGCAACCUAAAAUGGGUCCAGUAUUGGUUCAUUGGCAACUCCGGCUUUCAGCCUUCCCUUUCAGCAGUUUCUUCUUCGCAAAGUGUUCCAGCCGCUCGAUCUUCACACCCCAAACAGUCUGGCAAUCGGAAGAGCUGAUCCACGCCUCAACUAACCUCUUCCAGACCCUCUUGAAGCCCUAGAUAAACUUAUAGUUUUUAAAUUUGGUGUACAGUAUGUUGAUUCUUUUACCCAUAAUAUUGAAGAUGUAGAUCGCUACCAUGAAUGUAAAUACUUGCUAGAAUGGUGAGUAUGGUUAUUGAAAUGCUGUGGUAUAUCAGACGAUACAUAUACUUAUUUGUCUCAUUUUAUGAUGAAAUGUUUCCAUUUCUAAUCAAAUAUGACGGUUUAAAAUUUA